CCAGCUUGUCCUGCCAGUUUUACUUCCCAAAUUCUCCGCCGUCCGUCCCUAUCAGAGUUUAGAGGAGUCUCCAUUACCCCUAAACACGCCCGGUCAGGAUCUACCGGGCCCACCCCGAGUUUCGAGGGGCGGGGCAAGCUGCGCGAAACCACCCUACAACCUGGAGUCUUCCAUUACAACGGAAACAGGUGCUCGCCGGUGAGGUAAUCUAGAUUUGCCAUGGCAACUUCGACACGUGACCCCGAUAACACCGUGCCGAAAACAGAGUUGGAGAUUAAGACCUUCCUGAUGAAUAGCCCAGAUGACGACGAUAUUGUGCCGGACUUCAUCCAGUCCAUGUCAGACCACAGUCACGGCAGCAUCCACGUGCAGCCUGCGUUUGGGGAACUGGCGCCGACACGGAGAAUACGGUCUGGUAUCCCGGAGUACAUCUUGGACUCCAUUAAAACGACCGACUACACCAUACUUCUGGUGGGACCAAACUUCUUGGCAGGGGUUGGGAGGGGACACCAGAACAUGGAUAGUCCUUCCAUGACUGACAACGAACAUCUUGGAGUUCGUUUUGGAUAUACACAGAUCCUUAACAGGAGCUUUCUAAAUGGUGUGGACAACUCAAAGAUCUUCCCAGUUCUUGUGAAAGGAGCCGACAGGAGGCACCUGCCGUCGUGGCUGGAGACGGGAGAGUUCUACACCAACAGCACCGAGAAAUACGGUGUUGGGUGUAUGGUGAGAAGGAUGCUGGCGCAGUACAGGGAGGAGCGUAGAGGCCAGAGCAUCUGAUGCUCCCUCAUCACAGGGAGAACUUGAGUGAGUGAGUGAGGGCGGGCGGGUGUUAGUGCUGGUAUUCGAAUACAACCUGCGAUACGAUACAUCACGAUACUAAAAUGUUAAUCACGACGAUAUAUUGCCAAAGUAUUGGCACUGAAGCUGCGAUACGAUACGAAUCCUGAUACAAGGGUGUCGUGAUACGGUAAGUAUCACGACACUCAAGUCUUUAAUUCUAACACCAACUAUAAACACCUCAAGAUCAAAACAUAACCAUUUAAAAGUAUUUCGUCAAAUUCCGCCAGCGUUUUAUAAUGUUCAUUCGGAAAUAAGAUAAUUAAGUUUAUACACGGACUUUCUGAAUGUUAAAGUUGACAAAAUGCGAGCGCUAUGUUAGACACAGUUCCGGACGCAAGAAUUUUCGAGAAACUUAUGAAGGGAAAAUAAGUAUGCAUAUAUUUGAAUCAUCAAACAAAAGUAAGUCUUUCUUGACAGAUAUCGCGAUUCGGCAAUAUUCAAAGUAAAACAUCGAUCAAUGUAUCGUGGCCCAUUUGAAGUAUCGAAUCGAGAUAUACGACAAUGUAAAACUUUGUAUGGAUUUACUGGCGGCCCAUGGAUCAAUGCAUCGAUGCGUAUCGAUGAAUCGUCAAACAACUAGUGGGUGGGUGGGUAGGUGGGUGGAUGAGUGAGUGA